AUGAAAAUCUUAAAUCAAUUCUCCCUUGAAUUUCUGCUUAAAAAGCAAAAAGCGGUCUUCUAUAUAUUUACUUAUUUGUUAAUGAACUACCUUUUUAAGUUACUUCUUAAAAUCAAUAAUGCUAUAACAGUAAAAACAAAAUAUAAAUCAAACAACACAAUUGAAAGAUUCACAAAUAGUGCGAUAAAUUACUCAACGGAAGGAAUAGAUAGAUCAGAACAAUGGGAUAACGACGAAUGGUACGAAUGGAUGAAUGGAAUCCAAAAAGACUUGGCAGAUUUUAACUCCUCCUUGGAGAGUGAAAAAAACAAGUGGUUUGGCAAAAAAGAAAAAGAAAUAUUGAAAAUGACAAAGUCUAUAGAAGAUAAAUGGCUAUAUUUUAAUAAAAAUAUGUAUGAACAACUUAAUUUUAAUACUUUAAACAUUUCUUUAACGUUGGACAUUUCUAAAUGGGAAGAAUGGAUUAACAAUGAUGGGAAGCGUAUUAUGGAAAAUGAGUGGCAUAAUUGGAUUACGAAAAAUAAAACUCAUUACUACAAGUUAAUUAUUAAAGAAUGGUUGAGAUGGAAAAACAUGAAAAUCAAACAAUGGCUUAAACGUAUCUGGUUUCGCAAUGAAGGCAACAUUUUGGAAAAUUGGGAACACAUUACAUGCACUAAUAUAUUAGCUAUUUCUGAAAAAAAAACAUGGUUCAAUUCUAACCCUCAAGUCAUUAAUGAAAAGGAUUAUUUUUUUAAAUGGAUUAAGAAAAACGAAGAUCAUUUAGUAAGCACACAGAAAUAUGCGUUCGAAGAAUGGGAAUAUUAUAAAACCAACUAUUUUCAUGACUGGAUAAAUUUCUUUAUUGCGAAUUGGUUAAAUAUAAAAAAGAGCGAUGCUCAGUAUGAUUCAAUGGCCAGUUCAAAUUAG